GUCGUUACGUCACGUGGCCGCUCUAGAGGUGUGCGUUGCCGGGGAAAGAGCGUUGGUUUCCUUCCUAUUCGAGGAUCGAUCGCCAUGGCCGUUUCGAAAGAGGGGGUGGGUGGGCGUCUCUUGCGAGAGAUCUGUCCUCGCUGGGGCUCCUGCUGGUGGCUCAGUGUUUUUUGCGCUCCCCGCCGUCUCCGCCCUCCGGGUGUGCCCCUUGAACUCCAACCCUGUCGUGAUCACGGACCUCUACCGGUACGUGUACGCGACUUCCGAGGCAAACGUAACAGUGGUCGUCCGGUCCAAGGAGUGUCACAUCAACACCUCGGUCGUCGCCGUCGUUCCAGACUCGUCCGAGGCGCACUUCGACGACGCGGAUCGCCCGUGGCACGAGUUCGGCUUCAGCGUCGACGGAACCGAACUGACGAUACAUCUGGGCGCAGACGCGGAGCAGACCUUCUCGCGGGCCUGGGAGGACCUCGCCGUCUGCACCUCCGUCGGACUGGAGUUCGCCUUCCCCCCCUUGACGCUCAUCGGGAGGAUCUGCUCGGGCGAGGGGGACGCGGGGAAGAAGGAGGAAGCGGAGCAGGCGCCCCGCUGGAAGAACAACUUCACCCACUUCACCAACACCAUGCUCACAGAUUUCUACGACCUCGACAGCAACGACUUGGACGACCCGAGAGUGCAGAGCCCCGGCUACAACGGCGGCCACAUCAUCUUCAUCCCUUUGGGCGCCAUCGUGUUCGUGGUGACCGUGUGCCUCCGCUUCUGCCUGUGCCCCAAGCGAGGCUCGACGGCCUCCCCCAGGAACGUCUCGUCGGUCACGAGGCAGCUCUCGCUCAACUCGGACGCCAGCGACUCGCUCACGACGAUGCACUACGACCUCGACCUCCCCCCCGCCUACUCCGACCUCCAGACGGAGGACACCCCGCCCCCCUACUCGGAGGUGGAGAAGGUGAAGCUCCCGCCCUACGAGGACCCGCCCCCGCCCUUCGGGAGGCUCUACAGCGCCACCACUCUGCAGGUCGAGGCAGAGACGCCGCAGAGCACCUCGAGCCCGACGUCACCAGCCCCCCCAGAGAGGAACGCCAGCUCGACGUCGCUCGCAGACUCCUCGGGGCUGGUGAAGGUGCUGACGGCGAGGACGCUGCAGUCCCAGUUCUCACACAAGCCCCUCGAGGAAGAGAAGCCGGCGGAGCAAGCGUAGUGGACGCCGCUCUCCUGCGGGGCCUCCUGACGUGCCUUGAACUGUGAUAUAUAAAAAGUCACACUGCGCACUCCAAGUUUCCUUCACGAAAAUGACCUUCGUAUACAUUGUGUGUGACGUAUGAGGCCAGAGAGAGACGAAGAAGAAUCGAGACAAAACUGGAAAUUGAGGAAAGUUAAUGAGGAAAAUUAGUGAAGAGAAGGUGCAAAUAAAAAGGAUGGAUUGUGGACACGAGACGUGGAAUUGAUAAAGAAAAGUAAAAUGAGGAUAAUAAUGAGGUUUGGAAAAGGUGUAAAAAAAGAGGAAGUGUUCAGAAACGAUAUGAUGUCAAAAUGAAAUAUGCAACAUAUUUAGAUAAUGAUAGUGAUGAAACACGUAAUGAGUCCUCAUUAAGAUAAUGAAAUACCAAAACAGGUGAGGACAAUAAUGAUAAGAAUUGCUUAGCUUAUCCUGAAGAAUAUAUCGACUUCCAGUGAUCUGUUCGGGGCAAGAAAGUGUGAUAUGAGGUUACCGCAAGGACCAAGCAUAUCAGCUGGCGGAAACCGGAUUAUAUUUCUCAGUAUUUUAAGCGAGAAACCUUAUUUUUAUGAUAAUGCUGUCGUAAAAAUUCUUUGCACGGAUUAAGAAAUGAAUUGCAAAGUAAUGGACGUUUUUUAGUACAUUUUUCCUUCUUUUCCUUCCUCUUUUUGCAUUCAAUUCCCUUUGCUUAUUUCAGUCAAGUCCGACAUAGAUAUAACCGGAAUAUAAACUUUAUCCAUUUAUAUCUCAGGUGAAUCGACCUUUCUUAAGAAAUGACCUGAGAGAAAUAUGAAAAAAAGAGACAGAGGUAAUCCGUGUCGAGUACUCAGUCAGUAUUCACCCCAAGAACACAGUGUAACAACGUGAUGGCAGACACGUUGUGAAUCCACGUUUUCGAACACGCUACAAGACCCGAUCUCGUAUUUGCGCCAUUUGUGAAGGAAAGGAGGUAGAGAAUAUACUCAAGGGGAGUUAUUUGAUGAGAUUUAAGCUUCAGGAACAGUGUGUAAUGAUGUCAGGUGAUGUGGUAACGAGAGACGAUUUGAAUUGAAUCGUUCGGACUUUCUGCACGAUGGCGGGAGGUUGGCGGUGUACGAUAAUUCCCCGGGAGUUGAAACUAGUCACAUUCCUUUGUCGAUAUUUUUUCCUUGCAGAAUAUUUACAUUAUUCGAUUUUGUUUUUUUAUUGUCUCUAUAUUCGCUUUAUUAGGUCAUCUCUAUUAGUGAUAUAUCGGAUUCAAAGUACACCUUCCAAGUCAUCAGUAGAGUGAAAUAAAGAAGAAUUUACAGCACGUAGCCCAAAGGUGGGGCAUAGACAACAAGGGCAUUCUAAUGCACUUCUCCCGGACAGAAAUAUGCGAGCCAACAAAACGGAAAACAAACAUGGGAAAUACCUUUGUUACAUCAUUCCAAACAACCUAGUCAAACAAAAGCAAAAAAUAAAAGGAAAGAGAGGAAGGUAAAAGGGGAAAGGAGAAAAUAGGUGACAUUCAGGAUAAAAGGAAGUAGGAGCUAGGACCACACGG